GUCAUUUGUGUUGCGGUUUUGAACAACUAGCGGUGGUCCAGUUGUUUGAAAAUAGUAAAUUUUUUACUUUAAUAUAUAGAUUGAUAGUUUUUGUAAAAUUAAAUAUAAUUCAAAAAUGUCUGGACAAUGGGAAGUAGUAACUAAAAAACGAGAUAAGGGAAGUAAACUACCAGUACCAAAAGUUAAUAAUCCAAAGGAAAUAAAAAAUAAUAAAAACAUUCUCAAUGGUGUAAAAAUAGAAGAAGUUUUACCAAAAGCUCAAGUACAAAGCUUGUAUGGUAAAUCGAAAGAAAAUAAGGUUCAAGACAAAAAUAAACCUAAGGAGAGUGUGAAAAAAGCAGCUGUUAAGAAAGAUAAACCUGUGGAACCACCUAAGCCUAAACCACCAAAGUCCAUUGAAAGUGCUCUUAAUUCUAUCGAUGUUAACGAAUUUAAAGAUAUAUAUGAAAAGAAUAGAAAUCAUUUUCCUGAUGCUCCUAUUGUAUGGUUGAAGGAAUUAGUGCAGUAUUUAAACCAAAAGAUUCCCAUCGAGAGCCAUGAUCCAGUUUUUGCAUCAAAACCUGUUAGCUACCCUCUCAAUGUGGUUCCUUCUGGUUUACUAUCUAUCAUAGACAAAGUAGUCAAAGAAGCAGGAAAAAACAACGCUCAGUUGUUUUUCGACAUAUGCUUAACUUCUAUGGCUACUGAUAUGAGCAAAGGUCUUCCUCCGUUAGGAUACAAAAUAUUUUUACAACAUAUUGCACUACAAGAACCACGUUUGAUUACAGAAAAUCUUCAAAAACACGUUAGUCUUAGAAAUUCUUAUCAAAAUAGACCUAACAUUGGGCAAUCUAUCCUUUGGGGUGUGAGCCAUGUCGGAUAUAAAGAUUUCAGCAGUGGGUUGACAGUUUUUCAAGACCUAUUUCUACCCCUGAUAGACAUGAAGAACUACUCCCGUUACAUUCUCACUUAUUUAGUAAACCUAAUUAAGAACAACAAGGAAAAAUCUCUUACGCUGGAGGAAUCGUUAUCGAUAUUAAAUAUUGUGUACAGCAACAGAAAGAACAUGCCCAAUGAUUUAGUUCAGGAAAUAUCGACAAACGUCGCUCGUAUUAAACCCUUAUACUCCAAAAAGUCAGGCAGCUCUAACAUAGAAAUAAUGCUCAAGAAUAUCGUAUUAAAUAAUAAUGCCUCAUAUCAAAAGUGCCUGUGUGAUAUUUUAGUGGAAGCUUUCCACCAAGAUCAAUCGGCUUUGUCAGCUUGGAGUAAGGCUUACUCUAAAAAUGUACAAUCAAGUGCCGUAGUUCUUGAACAUAUAAGCAAUAACUGGUCCACGGUAUCACAUAAGAUCAACAAAAGUGCUUUAACUAAUUUACUCAAUAACUUAAGUACGGUAAAUGUAGAAUUAUCUUCGAAGAAACGUAAAGAAGAAGGACUGAAAUCCAGUAUUAACUCUAUACAGAAAAUCCAAGAACAAUUGGCAAUCAAAAAGAAAGGAGGUUUCCCAUACAAAUUUUUAAUUCUGUUGACAUUGGCAGUUGGAGGUGUAAUUUCUUAUGACAUCAAACAGCAUGGUAGUUGGAAUGAUUCUCUUACAAGGAAAACAUUAAAAGAAUAUAAAGUAUGCGAGUACUCACAUUUGGCGAUAGACAAAGCUAAGGGCGGGUUACAUUGGACAAGUGAAAAAAUUGAAGAACAGUUCCCGGGUUUGCAACAAAAUGUUGCCAUCUUCUCAGAACCUUAUGUUGAGUUGCUUGUUAAUCUCGGAAAGAUUGGUCGUAACGUUGCAUUUAACGUGAAAGAUGUUAUCGUAGAGAAAUAUCCUGUUGUUGUUGAAUCGGUUGAGGCUUAUUUACCAGGACUAGUUGAGAAUUCACAAAAAGCCAUAAGUGAAGUGUAUGUAACAUCAGUUUUAUAUUUCAAUAGAGGUGUAGACUAUCUUAAAAAUGAAGUAUUUGUGGGCCAACUCUCCCCGGAAAACAUGCAGAGAGUGGUUGUAGAAGCAUUUAAUACGACACAACAAAAGGCUGUUGAAUACUACCACUGGAUUUAUAAAAAAGUUCAGACAAGCAUCAAAUGAAAUUUGUCUGUUGAUUAAUUAGGUUUUUCAAUUUAUUUGAACCAAAAUCCAUUACUACCACAUCAACUUAGGUUCAGUUUCAGAAAUAAUUUUGCAUACCUUUGUAUACAAGAUCUAUUUCGAAUGUUUGAUAUUUAGAACUUGCAGAUGUUUGUGACUUUACUGUUAAUAUUUUCAUAGGAAACGUUUGGUUGCGAGAUAUUGAGUACAGUACAAAAAUAAGUUUGUUGGUAGUUCUGUUGGACAGUAAUAUAAAUCUACAAUUUUUUAUACAUUUCUUUGGUUAUAUUGAGUGAGAAAUUAGAUGAAUGAAAGCGUACUACUAAGAUGUACUAUUAUUUAAGUUUGUUUUAAUUUAUAAAUUAAUGUGCAUGUAGAUAAGCUGUGUAAUCACUAUUCUAAAACUGUCGUUUUAGGGAAGCAUCACAUGUUAGCACAUGAAUAUUUUUAAUUAAUAUAAGUCAUGACAAUAUGAACAAAAAGUGUUUGUAUAUUGUUUUAACUUUAUUUAUUUUUUAAACAAUCGUUGAACUAUUUACAAUUUAUAUUUUGACCACUCUGUAUAAAAGCCAAUAAACAAAUUUUUGUUUGACUUUUCUCCAACCAAUUUUUAUUUAAACAUAUAGAAAAAUAGAACAUUGCAUUUGUCAUUGAUUUGUAAACCUGGAGUAAGACUAUCUUAGUGGUAGUAGUAUUGAAUAAGGAAACAAGUCUAUUGUUUUAAGUACUGAUUCAUUGAAAGGUAUGUAAUAUUUUGUAAUUUUUAUCAUUUUUUUUAUAUAUUAAUUAUUGUCAGGAUUUACUUUGUUGAUAUAUAUAAUUUAUUACUUAA